UCAUUAUCAUAAAAUAUUCAACAUCCUCUGAAACUAGCGCACCGGCAGGCAUGCCGCUCAUUGGAAACUGUCUUGAAACUGGAUUAUGUUCACGAAAUGGAUUAAAGCUGCCUUUUUUUUCAUUUAUUUCACAAAAAUAGAAUUAUGCCUUAUUUAAAAUGAUAGUUUCAUUGUAAAGCUACAGAAUAUCGUGCCAAAGCGCCACAUUGCCUAAACUAACGACUAGCCUAUAUAUCGUUUUUCCCCUUUGUAAUUUUUUUUUACUGCACUUUCUCAAAUUUUCAUCUGAUUUUUAAUUUACAACGCAUUGUGUUUAGAUCUGUUUUACAGUUGUAGGUAGUUUACAUAUGCAAUUUUAUUUUGCUUACUUUUAUUUCUUUUCUGUCAUUGGAGUAAUAAUUUGGUAGUCAUGUGGACCUUUCUGGGAAUUGCAAGUUUCACCUACGUUUAUAAAAAAUGCGAUGCCGUUUUGAGUUAUGCCCACAAAGAGCUUGUUCUGGUAGCGCUGGUUUUCUUCACCGUGGGCUUGUUACUAUCUUAUGCAAGGUAUCGCCAUGGACAGACGCACAAAGUACCGCAGAUUUUGCGUUUACCACUGGAACUGUUGGCCUCUCUGCCGCUGGCAAAGCGGUUCUUCAACUCACCAACAGACUGUACCAGCAUUAGAAACGGCUCACCAAAAAAGGAAUCUAGUCGGAGGAAAAGGGUGGACCUGAAGAAUUCAUCAUGUACGGGCCAGGCCACCGUUGUUGCGUCAGAACCUGACGUCAUCAUUGUAGGAGCCGGCGUACUGGGCUCUGCUAUUGCCGCGGUGCUGGCACGUGACGGUCGGAGAGUCACUGUGAUCGAAAGGGACCUACGGGAGCCCGACAGGAUCGUUGGGGAGUUGCUGCAGCCUGGGGGAUACCGUGCACUCAAGGAGCUUGGCCUUGCAAAUUCUGUGGAGGGUUUGGAUGCUCACAUCGUAAAAGGCUACGUAAUCCACGACCUGGAGAGCUGCGCGGAGGUGGAGAUCCCCUACCCGUGUGAGGAGGAUACCAUCCAAUGCGGGCGUGCUUUCCACCAUGGACGUUUCAUCAUGGGGCUGCGCCGGGCCGCCCUCGCAGAGCCCAAUGUGACAUUUAUUGAAGGUACUGUGACCAGCCUAGAAGAGGAGGAUGGCUGUGUCAUUGGUAUUCAGUACAGGGACAAGGAAAGUGGAGACACUAAGGAAAUUUGGGCUCCUCUGACCAUUGUCGCAGAUGGCUGCUUUUCGAAGUUUCGGAAGACUUUGGUGUCUGGAAAAGUGAAAACAUCCUCUCACUUUGUUGGGUGCAUAAUGAGGGAUUCUCCUCAGUUUAAGCCAAAUCAUGCUGAACUGGUGCUAGCCAACCCAAGCCCAGUCCUCAUCUACCAAAUCUCCUCCACUGACACCAGAGUCCUGGUUGACAUCCGAGGGGAGAUGCCCAGAAACCUAACAGAAUACAUGGUGGAAAAAAUUCACCCUCAGCUUCCAGAGCACCUUCAAGAGCCUUUCAUGGUGGCUCUGCAAAAUGAUCGCUUGAGGUCCAUGCCAGCCAGUUUUCUUCCCCCGUCGCCUGUGAAUAAACCAGGAGUCCUACUACUGGGAGAUGCAUACAACAUGAGGCACCCUCUGACAGGGGGAGGGAUGAGCGUGGUGCUCAAUGAUGUCAGGAUAUGGAGGGGCCUGCUGAAGAACAUUCCAGAUCUUUAUGAUGACACGGCCAUGCUGCAGGCAAAGAAGAAAUUCCACUGGGAGCGAAAGUCAUCACACUCAUUUGUGGUGAAUGUGCUGGCACAGGCCCUGUAUGAGCUGUUUGCUGCAACUGAUGAUUCCCUCCAUGAGCUCAGAAAGGCCUGCUUCCAUUACUUCAAGCUUGGAGGAGAGUGCAUUGCCGGCCCGAUCGGACUGCUGUCCGUGCUAACACCAAAACCGAUGACUCUGAUUGGCCACUUCUUUGCAGUGGCACUGUACGCAAUCUACUUCAGCUUCAAGUCAGAGUCCUGGCUGACGAAGCCUCGGGCAUUUGUUAAAAGCGGGGCGAUUCUCUACCGCGCUUGUACAGUUAUGUUCCCGCUCAUCUACUCUGAGUUAAAGUACCUGGUGUACUGACAGGUGCUCAGAAAUGCCUGGGAACAACAAAUCGUCCACAGUGUCUUACUUGUACAGUCGUUUCAUGAAUUUUCAUUGGCUGCCUUGAAGGUGACAAGACCAUAACUGAACUCAAUGCAAAUCAUAAACUUUUCCUGGAACAGAAACAUUUUCUUGUAAAACUGACAACUUACCUUUCAGUUUCAUUUUUGGCCUUUUCCAUUCCAAUUUGAAAGAUUAAUUGACCUUGUGGUGUUUUUAUUUAAUAUAUUGUGUGUUUGUUGGCUGGACGUUGUGAAUUAACACAGUAUACUUCACUUACGAAAAGAUUUUUCGACAAACCACUACGCUGCUAAAUUUGUAAUUCUUGUACAAAUGUUUUUUUUUAAGCAAAGACAGGUUUUACACUAAAACAAAACAAGAAAAGUGCUUUCUAGCCAAUAUUGUUAUUACAUAUUGGCCCUUUAUGUCUUAUUUGAAACUAAUGCACUUAAUUCCUUAGUAUUAUCUCCAUGAACUGGAGGUUGUCUAUUGAUUAAAGUAGCCAGUUAAAAAUAAGUAAAUGAAUAGUCAUUUUAAUUACACACUGCUGUACCUUAAUUGUGUUCAUGUACAGAGCUCACAAAUAAAAUAUUUUGUAUACAGUCCAGUGAGUGUACAGUAUGUCAGUAUCCUGGUUAAAUCUAAAGAAUCCAUAUUUCAGCAAACCUGUAACACAUUGUUCCAGUCAUGUAUAUUGCCUCAACUGGCAAGUACAUUGGCUGGCAUGCAAAACCAAAAUGAUUCUUUACAAUGAUCAGAAUUUCAGUGUAAAGUGAAAAUGGAUAUUCCAUUGUCACAUUAGUUUGGGUAGUGAAAGCCAGGCCUUUGGGGACAAAAAACAUAAUGCAAUCAAAUAAAGUCAUAUAAAAACACCGACUGUAGAAAAAAAAAACAGGAAUCUGAUUAAGGUGGAAUUCAUAGACUAGGGCUUCUUUAACUAGUG